AUGGGUUUUCUAUAUGGGUUACAAUUGAUAUAUGUAUAUAUAUAAUAUAUGUGCAAAGCAUUGAAUUUGAUUCUCAGCAAAACAGAAGAGAAUUUCAAUGGUUUCCUUUUAUAGAAAAUGGAUGGUGAUCAGGUAAAGGACAAUGCUUCUAAAACAACAGAAAAUACAAAUAAAAAAUCUGCAGAACCAUUAGGAUUAACUACAAAAACUGCUCUUGAAACAUUACAACGUGAUAUCAAAAGAGUCUUACAAGAAUACAAAGAAGACUACAGAAAAAACAAAAGAUACAAAGCAUGGCUAAAAGAUACUUUACAUCAUCGUAGUCAAUACACAACUCUUUGUUGGACUUCAGCAAUUGCACUUUUGAUUAAUGCAAUUAUCCUUAUUGUUGCUUUCUUCACAAUUGAGGAUACAUGGUAUUCUACAUUGCCUUAUGAAGGACUGAGUGUCUGUUGUUUAGUAGUCUUAAAUUUUAUUUUAGUUGUAUCAGAUAAUAAAUUACGACAUGAGGAGAUCCCUCAUAGAGUACAAAUUCUAUUUGAUCAUCUAGAAGUUGCCAAAAAUUGUUCUCAAUGGAACCCUGAAAAUUAUCCACAUUUGUGCAGUCCAUUGUCUCCUUGUCUAACUUUACAAUGGACUUACCGUGAUGGUCAUAUUGUGAAUUUGCCAUGGGCAUUGUUAGUUGCUGGAGAUAUAAUUGUAAUUAAACCUGGACAGCAAGCACCUGGAUACUGUGUUCCUUAUGAUGAUCCAGAUGCAUCAGUGUUACAUGCAAGGGAAGUGUAUAGUCCUCAGGUUCAUAAUGCAAAUGAAAUUUUCUCAACACCGCAGGCGCGGGCACCAUUGAAAAAUAAAGUUUAUAAACUUCAAGAAACACCAUACUUAAUGAAUCUCAGAAUGGCACUUGAUCAAGCUCUUGACAGACCAGUCACAUAUCAUAAUCGCAAACGACAUUUAUUAAUGAUUUGUUGCAUUGAACAACUAGCUUAUCCAGUUCUUUUAAUUAUUGUAUUAGUUGUAAAUUUAUUCCGAUAUUCAUAUUUAUCAGAAUACUUCGGUGUUGGGUACUGGAAUGAAAUGUUUUUACUACAACCAAUUGCUGUUAGCAUUCCUUUACUUCCGUUAGUAUUUCCGAUUUGUUGGAUUUUCUUGAACUGUUUUGGAAUGGCACGAUUUAAAGCUUUAUUUAAACUUUAUCAAUCUUCGGAGAAACUUCAGUUUGUGGAUCCUUUUGAAGAUACAGAUAUUUCUGGUCCCAGUUAUCCAGAUGUAGUGUAUAAUUGGUUGGAACUGAAAGAAUAUUUUUUCAAUAUUCUCUUUGGUAAAGAACACAUGAUGUCAAGAUCUGCAAAUAUUCUUCACGUUUUGGGAUCGGUCACGGCAUUAUGUUGUGUGGAUAAAAAGGGAAUUCUUUCAUGGCCUAAUCCAACAGCUGAAAAAGUAUUUUUCUUACGUAAUUCCAAUACUUUAUCUCCGUCUUCAAGCACUGGUAGUUUAGACAGAACAUCUGAACCUCAAUGCCAAACUCAAACUGAAGAUACGAAACAGUAUUCAAAUAAAACGUCCUAUGUUCAACAUGAUAUGUCUCAUUCAACGGCCGAAGUUUUGGACCUUACUCAUGAUCAUGCUUUACCGUUUCGUCUACAGUUUGAUGAUCAUUCUUGGAGACAGCACUUGAAUUCGUUGAAACCACUAGGUCUAGCAAUUCUACUCAACACAUGUAACAUGGACACACAAGAACAUUAUAUGCAGUUCUGUUGCCAUGUCACUUGUGAAGCUCUGUACAAUGAGAAUCUUGUACCAGUUACGAACAGACGCUACCAGGAUCACAGUAUAGAAGAUAAGAGUGGGUAUGAGGCAAAAGAUACAAUGCAAAGUUCAAGACAAGUGUAUUUAGUCGACGAAUCAGGGAGCCUUGGACAGAUGUGGUGUCUAUGCGAAUUAGCAAAGCAGAUAGGUUUCCAAGACCAGGCACAACACAUAUUUCAAUUGGAGCAACAACUAUCUACGUUCAGACACGUUCAACCAGAAAUGGUUCGACGUGAUAUAAAGUUCGCACGCUCUUUGAGUAUUGCGACAAAAUUAAAAUUUCCUUUCCCGCAUAUGGUUGCCGUGGUAGUUAAAGAACGGAGUGGAGGUGGUUUACAAUUAUUGACACAAGGGACAGCAGAUAUAAUUUUGGACUCCUGUAUCGAAUUUUGGGAUGGUCAUGAUCUCUGUCCACUUUCCGCAACCGACAGGAAAAAAGUGCAAGAUUUUUACCAAAGGACGAGCUUAACGUCAUAUUGCACUGCAUUUGCAUAUAGACCAUUGACACGGGGGAUCAAUAAAAAAAUGUCGAAAAUAUAUUUGGAGCUUCCCGCAGAUAGCAAACAUUUAUAUACUCCUCACAGAAGUCCUACACCAUUACCUUGGGACUUUAGAAAUGUUCUUGAUCCAAGGGUAAAAGGCAUACUUGGACAAUUUCAUUCAACCGAUUCCUUACUGUGCAACGAAAACAAAGACGAUAAUGUGAGCGACGUUGAAAGUUGUUUUGAUAUUCAAUGUAAUCAAGUUUUUAUCGGGAUGGUAACUAUGCAAUAUCAAGCACAAACGGAUAUGGUACAAUUGAUCGAACAACUCGACAGAGCUUGUAUCCGUUUCGUUCACUUCAGUAAAGAGAACGAAUUAAGAUCACGCGUGUUUUCGGAGAAAAUGGGACUCGAAAGUGGAUGGAAUUGUCAUAUAUCAUUGCUCAGUGAAAGAGCUAGGAGACAGCAAUGGCUGGAGAGAUAUCCACACAUGACCCCAUCGUAUAUGUCAGAGAGUCCAGUGGGUUGGUGGGUGAGCCAGGCAGCAGCCAUGUCCUCACCCACGCCCUCGGCCCAAUCUCAUCAACAUAAUUACUCCUGCAUGGAUGAGGCCAGCCACUUGCUUAAUCGUAUCUCUCCUCGCACGAAUUUGGACAAUAGCCGUGCCAUGAGUAUGUCUGCACCAAGCGCUAUAAAUACAGAUUUCUCUACUGUAAAAUUCGACGACGAGACUACGGAGUGGAACGACAUAGGACUGUCUCAAGUUAAAAGUGCUAUGAGCCAUAGAGAACAGGACACAGUGAAAAGCGAAGAUAGUGUACUUGUGCAAAGUGUGGAUUUAGGAUCCGGGCAAGAAGCAUGGCGAUCAUUGAGUUGUCUCACAGAUAGUACAGAGCAGAGUGCUCCUGUAAAUUUUGAUUUAUCAAACAGGGCAAAACUUCCGCGAGGCAUCGAUAAAAUUCGACCGCAUAUAGAGUUGAUAGACAAUGUACCACUUUUGGUAUCUUUGUUCACUGACUGCAACACUGUUGUUACAAGGGAAAUGUUGCACAUCAUGCAAGAUUAUGGAGAGGUCGUUUGCGUUCUAGGCUCUUCUGCUAAUGCAGAGAACAUGCCUAUUUUUAUGCAAGCAGAUGCAGGAGUGGCAGUAGAACCAUUAUAUCCACAAGUUUGUCAAAGAGUUCCUGUACUAUCUCCGACGAGAGAAGACCAAGGACCAUCCCCUGUUGAUUUAAGCAGGGCAUUAAAUUCAAUUGCUUGUUCGUUAAGCGUUAAACGUGAAGAUCCGAUCGCAAUAUUUCAUUUGAUUAUGGAGGCUCGUCAUUACAUGAAGUGUCUUUGGAAUUGUGUACAAUUCUGGCUCUGUUGUACAGUUACUCUUUCUUUUACUCAAGCUGUAUCUGGUUUCUUACUUCUACCACCUCUAUUCUCUGUUGAUCAAGUUUUAUGGUUGAGUUGCUUAAUCAUUCCAAUGUUAUCAAUAUCCAUGAUUGCUACACCAAAGGAUACUACCAUAAUGCAGCGUGCUACCGGCAAAAAUCAAUGUACCAUAAAUGGUCAGGUUGCAUUAUUUGUUCUGUGGUGUUACGGCAGCAAAUUUUUACCAACGAUCGUAACAAUAGUUUUAUCACAGUGUAUCUCAUUUUUAACUUUAUGUCCCACUUAUACGACAACGGACUCUAAAUGUCUCUAUGUGUACCCCGAUACACGCGGCGAAGUUUCAUGGGGCGGUUGGGGUGCUAAACCAAAUGUUAUUUUGGUGGUACAACAUUUUGCGUUGACGUUGUUAGUUUUACAUUUAGUAACAAUCUCCAUAGGCUUUGUACAUAGAGAAUAUUCUAUUUGGAAGAAACAACCUUUUAACAACUUUGUUUGGUUUUUAAGUGCAUUUAUAACAUUAUGCGCACAAGCAGCAUUCUCAGGGACUGUAUUCUGUAAAUUUUGGAAAGAGGAGGGUCAAAAGAUUGAAGACUUUCCUAUUCAUCUUCCUCUAUUUUUCUUAAUCUCAUUGCCAUUUAUCUUUACAGUUAAUGAACUAAUUAAGUGGCAAGAAAUUAAAGUAAAUGUAAGAUAUCAGAAGAGAGCUCGACUAGAAUUUGGUACAAAGCUUGGAAUGAAUUCUCCAUUUUAACAAGUUAAUCGAAAAUGGAACGAAAAGCCAAGAACAUAAAAUUAAG